UAUUUCAUUUCUUCAAUCUCAUGGAUCUGAUUAACAAGUUGUUGUUGGACUUUGUUUUCCCCAUGCUAACUGUCACCCUUUUAUUAUUCCUUUGGCCGGCGGAGUUGCUGUUCAAGUUUUUCAACUACCUCCUCAGAUCGGCUUUCCAUGAAAAACUCGCCGGAAAGGUAGUUCUCAUCACCGGAGCUUCUUCCGGUAUCGGCGAGUAUCUGGCAUAUGAAUAUGCGAAACGAGGAGCGCGAUUGGCGUUGGUUGCAAGACGAGAGGAGCUAUUGGAUGUGGUUGCCGGGAAGGCCAGGGAGAUCGGAUCGCCCGACGUCGUUGUAAUCUCUGCGGACGUUUCCAAGCUCGACGACUGUAAACGCUUCAUCGACGAAACCAUCAACCAUUUCGGUACAUUGGAUCAUCUGGUAAACAAUGCUGGAAUCUGCUGGGUUCAGGAUCAGGACCAAAGAUGUGUCUCAGACUAUGUUUCGAUCAUGGACAUAAACUUCUGGGGUUCGAUUUAUACGACCCAAUUUGCAGUUCCACACUUACGAAAGACGAAAGGCAAAAUAACCGUCGUUGCUUCUGCUGCUGGAUGGUUUCCUAGUCCAAGAUUAAGCAUUUAUGGUGCUAGCAAGGCAGCACUAAUAAGCUUCUUUGAGACACUGCGAAUCGAGGUUGGUUCAGAUAUUGGGAUAACGAUUGUAGCCCCGGGACUCAUCGAAUCACCAAUCACAAACGACGAAUGGUUAUCACAGACAAACUUAGAAUGGAUGCCAUUGGCAUCGGUACAAGGUUGCGCGAAAACAAUUGUGGAUGGCGCGAGCCGUGGAGACGAGUACUUGACGUUGCCAGCAUACGUGAGGGUGUUCUUUCUAUUGAAACUACUCUGUCCUCGGAUCCUACAGUGGAUUGUUCGUGUUUUGAUCGUCUUCCGUUCAAAGGAUCCUCUACUCAACGGGAAACCCCGUAGCAGCAGCAGCAGCAGCAGCUGCUCGGAUUCAGCCAAGUUAGAGUGAAGUCACGAUGUGAUUGUGAUCAUGAAGUACGUUAGUAUCCACAUUUGUAGCAACAUUAAUCAAUGAAAUGUACUGAAAACCCAAGUUCUUAACACCCCAUGUACACAAUAAUUAAGAGGUUAAUACCUAUCCAUGUUUACUUGUAUCUAUCUGUAUCACAGUUAUAGCAAAUUAUUCAAAACUC